AUGUCUAAUUCUAUCGAAGAAGCGGCGUUCCUUGUAAGAGCACGAAGGAUUAGCUUCUCAGAGAGUAACAUGAAGAAUCGCCACGAUGAUAUGCCUACUUCGAGCAAGAUCAAAUUCAAAGACAGCGAUGAAGAAGAAGAAGAAGAAGAAGAAGAAGAAGAAUCUGCUUCCGAAGAUGAUGGGGAGACAGAGAUACAUGAGGUGCUUGCAAAUGUUACAUUUGAAGAGUUGCAGAAGGCACGUUCAGAUGGGUCACAUGUAGUCAAUCAGAAGCCUAAAUUAGAGAGAAAGGGUAAAAGAGAGAACAAAAAUAGGCCAAUGGAGAUCAGUAGCAAAAAACCAGUUGGUAGAUUUAGAGAAGUCAUUCAGGCUCCUAAAAAGAUUGUUCGUGACCCUCGUUUUGAAUCAUUAUGUGGAACACUUGAUGUAGAUGGAUUCAAGAAAAGAUAUAACUUUCUAUACGAGAGUGAGCUCCCUAAAGAGAAAGAGCAAUUAAAAAAGCAAAUGAAGAAAACAAAGGAUCCAGAAGUUAUUAGCGGGUUGAAGGAACGUUUAGCAUGGAUUGACAAACAAUUGAAAUCAGCAUCCACAAAACAUACGGAUAAAGAGAUUCUUGUUAAGCAUAAGAAGAAGGAAAGAGAAGCUGCAAAACAAGGGAAACAGCCUUAUUAUUUGAAGAAAUCUGAAAUCCGUAAACAAGAACUUGUUGAAAAAUUCAAGGAGCUCAAGGCAUCGGGCAAGCUUGCAUCAUUUAUUGAGAAAAAGAGAAGGAAAAAUGCUGCAAAAGACCAUAGGUUUAUGCCAUAUCGAAGACCCAAUGAAGGGGAAGAGUAAAUUUGAAAACAUGAAUUUAUAUUUUGUGUUAUUUUUGUAAUUGAAUUAUUGUAAGAUUGGUGCCAAUUGUUCUAGAAACUUUAGUUUGGCCUUGUUGUUUUAUUAUAUUAGAAGCCAAAAGGUACGUGGAAAACUUGUCUUUGACAUUUGAUGAUUAACUACUUUACUAGGUUCAUUUGAAUCUUGAAAGAGAUUUUGGCUUUUGAGGAUUUGAAUGGAUGUUUUAUGUGAGGGGU